CAAUACCUUGGAAUGAACAGAGAAUAUAUUAAUUUAAUUUGCAAGCUGGCCAUAAGAGAAAAACUUUUUCUACUAUCUUCUAUUGGUUUUAUAUAAACAUCAACUAAUACUAGAACUAAAACCAGCCUCUAAUCUAUUCUAAAGAUAGAGAAUCGAAGAGGGAGGGAGAGAGAGAGAGAGAGAGAGAGAGAGAGAGCAUAAUGGAAGAUACAAGGCAGAGGAAUAAUAUCAGAGUUCUAAUAUUUCCAUGGUUGGCUCAUGGUCACAUAACACCAUUCCUAGAGCUUGCCAAGAAGCUCACUCAGAGAAAUUUCCACAUCUAUUUUUGUUCCACCACUGUAAAUCUCAAUUCCAUUAAACCAAAGCUCGUCAUUGAUCCAAAGUACUCAACUUGUAUAGAAUUAGUGGAGCUCCAUCUUCCUUCACUUCCUGAACUUCCUCCUCACCACCACACAACCAAAGGCCUCUCUCCACACCUCCUGUCCACCCUUCACAAAUCUUUGGACAUGUCAAGGCCUAAUUUCUCCAAUAUCCUUGAAACCCUAAAACCAGAUUUGCUCAUUCAUGAUUUUUUCCCACCAUGGGUACCCCUUGUAGCGUCUUCUAUGAAUAUCCCAUCUGUUGUUUUUAUUAACAGUGGAGCCAACUUGAUGUCUUGUUUCCUUCAUGGCUGCAAGAAAAAUGGUUACCAUGACUAUCCUUAUCCACAAAUCUUCCCUGAUGAUAUGGAAACAAAGAUUGCGAAAGUGCUUGAAAGUGCUUCAACUGACUAUGAAACUAUUUUUCGAUUCUACGACACAUGUGGUGAUAUCAUGUUGGUAAAGUCUUUUAAAGAGCUCGAUGGGAAAUAUAUGGAUCAUGCUUCUCAUCUUUUAGGCAAGAAGUUAGUCCCAAUGGGAAUCCUUGUUCCAGAUCCCGAAGACAAUGACGAAGAAGGCAUGGACAUCAUCAACUGGCUUGACAGGAAAGAAAGGUUGUCUACCGUGUUCGUGUCAUUUGGAAGUGAGUGUUAUCUUUCUAAGGAAGAUAUUGAGGAGGUGGCUCACGGAUUGGAGCUUAGCAAGGUGAAUUUUAUUUGGGUUAUUAGGUUUCCAGAAGGAGAGAAAUUGAAGCUUGAAGAAGCUCUUCCAAAUGGGUUUUUAGAGAAGGUAAAAGAAAAGGGUUUGGUUGUUGAGAAUUGGGCAUCACAAAUGAAGAUUCUAAACCAUUCAAGCAUUGGUGGGUUUGUGAGUCACUGUGGAUGGGGUUCACUCACCGAGAGCAUCAAAUUUGGUGUUCCAAUCAUAGCAACUCCUAUGCAAUUUGAACAGCCAUGGAAUGCUAGACUUAUAGUGGAGUGUGGGAUAGGUUUGGAGGUUAAGAGGAGCAUAAAUGGUGGUCUUCAAAGGGAAGAUAUAGCACAAGUUAUCAAACAUGUGAUGGUGGAAAAAAUUGGGGAUGAUAUUCGAAGGAAAGUAAAAGAAAUGAGUGAUAACAUACAAAGAAAAGGUGAUGGAGAGAUUAUUGAUGAGGUGGCGAAAGAACUUAUACAACUAUUAUGAAAUAUUAAUGUAAUUUAAUCCAACUUGUGAGAAUCCAAUAAAACUUCAAUGGAUAUAUAAUUAUUUUAUAUGAAA